UUCUUUGCUCUCUCUCUCUCUCUCUCUCUCUCUCUCUCUCUCUAGUUGCAGUCAUGGAAAAGGAAGAAUCAUCAUCGUCAAUGGCAGAAAACGAAGAUUCCGGCGAAACAAUAACAACCCAUCAGACAAAGAUCCCCGCCGGUCUAACCCAAGAAGAGUUCGAAGAACUAAAACCGAUCAUCCACGAAUUCCACACAUACCGUAUAGGCUCCGGCAAAUGCUCAUCUCUGCUGGCCCAACGCAUAUAUGCUCCGGCGAAAACGGUCUGGUCCAUCGUUCGCCCGUUCGAUAAACCUCAAGCCUACAAGCAUUUCAUCAAGAAUUGUUCCAUCAAAGAAGGUGACUCUCCACCUCCGACCACCGUUGGAUGUCUCAGAGAGGUCAACGUGAUCUCCGGUUUACCUGCGGAUACAAGUACGGAGAGGCUUGAUGUGUUGGAUGAUGAGAGGAAGGUGACUGGGUUUACCAUCAUAGGUGGGGAGCACAGAUUAAGGAACUACCGGUCGGUGACAUCGGUGAAUGAAUUCAAGGGAGGGCGUAGGGGGGGUGGUGGUGAUCAGUAUGAUGGUGAGAAGAUCUGGACUGUUGUUUUGGAAUCUUAUGUGGUUGAUGUGCCGGAAGGGAAUACUGAGGAUGAUACACGGAUGUUUGCUGAUACAGUUGUUAGAUUAAAUCUGCAGAAGCUGGCUUCCGUGACUGAAGGGUUAGCUGGUGAUCGAUCAAGAUAAGCACAAACACAGGUUGCAAUGGAAGGAAACAAAAGGGAUGGAAAUAAGCAAAUAUUAGUUUGUACUCCUGGGCUAGUGCAAAGGAGAGGAGUGGGUAGUUUACUGAUUUGGGUGCUUCUAAUUUUCUAUUUCCGGUAUGACUUGGGAUAUGGGAUUGUAGGUUGGUGGUGGUGCUCUUUUUUACACCAGUCAUUUUUAGAUGGGGAAAAGUCUAGGAGUUAUCUAGUGCGAAAAUUGUCUUUAGUUGUUAUACUAGUGCAGUGAGCAUCGUCGGGUGGUUGGGAGCUCUUUGUGAUGUAUGUUCAGAUGUUUUCAGUUGUUUUAUGUUUACUGUACCUCAUUAUUCGUUGGAGAGGAUGUAAAUUCUAU